UGGGUCGGGCAGAUAUGAAAAAUUUCUCUAACCCGAACCAAACCCGAGAGGUUUGCCCCAAUCGAAAACGGUAAAACCCCUCUUCAACCCUCCUCGUCUUCAUUUUUCCAACUCUUUCUUCGCAGUCUCUGUAACUUUUGUUCGCUCCAAAUGACUUCACUCGCUUCCCGAUUCGUAAAGUUAUUGAGAGUCCCUUGUACUUCCAGACCCAACUCUUCAUUCGUGGUUGGGAUGCAAGGAAGCUCUAAGUUGUGCUACUCAACCUUUACAGUUGAUAGUGACAAUGAUAAUGAUGGAAAGAACAAAGAAAGUGAAGACUAUGAUGAUGAUUUUCUGGCUGAAAAGCCAGAGUUACAACCACAGAGCGUGGAUCCCAGAAGGGGUUGGGGUUUCCGUGGUGUGCAUAAGGCUAUUAUAUGUGGAAAAGUUGGGCAAGCUCCUGUGCAGAAGAUCUUGCGAAAUGGCCGAACUGUAACCAUCUUUACAGUUGGGACAGGGGGCAUGUUUGAUCAAAGAAUUGUGGGAGCAAAGGACCUGCCAAAACCAGCUCAGUGGCAUCGAAUUGCUGUGCAUAAUGAACCUCUUGGGGCAUAUGCAGUUCAACAACUCAUCAAAAACUCUUCAGUGUAUGUCGAGGGUGACAUUGAAACUAGAGUUUACAAUGACAGUAUUAAUGGCGAAGUUAAACAUGUGCCAGAGAUAUGUGUACGUCGUGAUGGGAAGAUUCGCCUUGUGAAAACAGGAGAAAGCACCAGCAACAUUUGCUUUGACGAGCUUCGAGAGGGAUUGCUUGCGUAGGAGUCUGUCGGUAAAUGUGCAAAUUUUAAUAUCAAAAAGGCAGAGCGGCCAAAGAAUCAUAUAUUUGUAAGAAAUAUAUAUGGGUUUAGUUAUUCUGAUUUGUUACCAGGCCAAAUUGUUUUUUUCAUUAACUUGAUUUUCCUGCUGGGAUCUAAAAAUUUCUUUCGUUUCUCAUCUUAUUUUUUCUUUGAAUGAUUGUUUUUGGGUA